GUAUAUUCAUUGGUGUAGGAAGUAGAAAGAAAAUAACAAGAAUGGAAGAAGUAAAGGUACUAGGAGCUUGGCCUAGUCCAUACGUUUACAGAGUUAUAUGGGCUCUGAAACUGAAGGGUAUCAGAUAUGAGUAUGUAGAAGAAGAUGUAUUGUUUAACAAGAGUGAAAUGCUUUUGAAGUACAACCCAGUGCAUAAGAAGGUUCCAGUGCUCGUUCAUGGUGGAAGACCCAUAGCAGAAUCCAUCGUCAUUCUUGAGUACAUUGAAGAGACGUGGCCGGAGAACCCUUUGCUUCCAGAUGAUCCUCAUCAGAGGGCCGUGGCUCGGUUUUGGACAAAGUUUGGAGAGGACAAGCUGGGAAACUUUUUUGCGUUCUGGAGAACUACCGGAGAAGAACAAGUGAAAGCAACAAAAGAAGCGCAAGAACUUGUGAGAAUCCUGGAAGAGCAUGGUCUUGGGGAGAAGAAGUAUUUCGGUGGCAAUGAGAUAGGACUGGCCGACCUAACUUUUGGGUGGAUGGCUUGCUGGCUAGAAGUCCUGGAAGAAGCAGCUGGGGUCAAAGUGGUGGAAGCUGAUAGCUUCCCUCGCUUACAUGCAUGGAUCAAAAACUUCAUAGAAAUUCCAGCAAUCAAAGAGAACCUUCCUGAUCGCAAUGCAUUGUUGGCCUACUUCAAGCAGCGAAGGGAAUCGAUCCUAUCUUAAACACUAGCACUAGCAUCAUCGUCGUUUGCAAUUCGGAUAGAGAUCUCUAACAAUUUUGUUGUCUGAAUUGUAGCAAUUCGGACAGCAAAUUGCUAGAGAUCUGAAUGCUUACAAUUUAAUGGCAUGCAUGCUCAUUGCUCUCA